AUGCGCGAUGAUAUGGUCGACCAGUUCAUCGCUUUCAUUGCCAACCCCUUCCAGCGCAAGUGCCCGCAGCGCUGUUGCGUCGACACUGUGAUACAGCGGCUGUACCCCGAUUAUUCCGCAAGAUGUGGUCAGAAAGAUGUGAUAUCGCCGAGGCGUGUGAUUUAUCCAUUGAGAGGAAAUCUUUUGAAUGUGAUGAUCUUCGGCUCUGAGCAGUUGGCAAAGCAAGUACUGGAUGAAUUUCAGCUUUACGUCAACGACGAUAUGUUCGAAUUUCACAGAACUGCGUUUCAUGUCAAGUUUACCGUUCAGAGCGAUUCUGAUUUGCACGACGAGUUACAUCGGUGGACCGAGUAUAGGCCGAACGGCAUCCUCUGCGUGUUUUCGUCGCGUGAAACGCUCGUCGCCGUCCAGAACAUGCUGUUCCAUUCCGGACUAGACAUCGUGAAUGGCACUAACGAUAGUGAAGAUGACCUGUUGCAUAGCCGGGGCUCGGGUACAAGUCCGUUAUUCUUUAGCGGUAUGCCCAUUGUGUUGCUGCUCGUUUGCGAUCCGACGCAGCUCGACGAUCUGCCAUACUUGCAGCAGCAGGGUGCAAUGCUUGCUACGCAUCUGAACAUCCUGUUCAUCGGUCUCGAAUCGUCCGGUAACGCCAGUUGCUUCACGCAGGAUCGAAGGGCCCGUUUUGGUGGCCUGCUGAUCGAGGAACAGAUCUGCCAAACUAUAUCCGCGCUCAUUUCACUUAGUGUCGAGUACCGUUCCUCGUCGUCGUCGCCGGCCUUGUUGCAGCCGUCCGGUUCUCGACCGCUCUCAGACGCGCUGUCCCCUCUCCGUCGAGAGCCGGAUUGUGCUGUACUGGUGUGCCUAAUGUGCGGUGACGACUAUAGUGUCGAGCUGGUACUCUCUCCGUUGCUCAACAUGCAGACCGAAUCCAUGUCCGCGAGCUUGGUAACCACGUCCGUCGGCAAUGAUCUGCUAUCUUCGGUUGCCGUCGCCUCACAAGACCUAUCAUCGUCCAUUGAUCACGGCGAUCAUAGACAUGUCAUUCGACGGACUUUUCGCAUCGACGUGUUCCUGCCGACCGCCGGCCGUAAGCUCCUCUGCGAUCUGACGGUCGUCGCCUAUCACACAGCUUUUCAUCUGUGCUCUGAAGACGUGCUGUUCGAUGCUUGUAUCAUGUUUUACUCUUCCAAGCGGCGCGCCUCUUUUGCUCAUCUAAACACUUUCGCUCAUCUGUUCAGUCAACCGGUGCCGAUGUUGAUGGUGGCUGUCGGCGAGGUGGUCGACUUCUUUUCAGACCCAGAAACGAAAACCCUGGUGACUGAGGGAAACCGACUCGCCGACCGGAUACGAGCGCGGUUCACCAAUGUGUCCCGUUCUAUGGAACAGCCAUCCGGUAUUUACACUUCGUUCUUGGAGGACGUUUGGAAGGCGAAGGAUCGCAGCUACAAGAACUCCAUAUAUUUCACUGAUGCUCGAUCGGAAGGUGACCGUUCCCCGGUUAGUGGCGGCGACCGCGAAGAAUACCUGAUGCCAGCGAGCAGCGAACACUUCAUUCCGUCAUCGUAUCCAGCAUCCGACCAAGACAAGAAUGACGAAGAAUGUCAUUACAUGACACUGUCGUCUUUCUGGAGUGGCGCUUCGAUGCCUGUCUUAUCCGGUUCCGUAAAUUGUCCGUCAUGGGAAAGCCACGUUGUACACCACCAGCGUUUUUUACCUGGCCAGUCGCAACGAAGCUAUCAGAGCAGCCGCAUGUUCCUACCCGAUGUCAUUUUUAGCCAGGUGCGCGCCUUCGAGUUUUUGUUCUUUCUGUACUUGGAGAUCGUAAUAAAGAAGAAUAAGGAAGAUGAUGGCAGUUGUGUUUUGGUUAAGAAUGAGGUGAAGAGAAUGAGGAUUAAUGAAAAGAAGACGGUGCAGAAAGAGAUGAAAAACAAAGGAGAGGACGGAAAACAACAGUGCGCGAACCUCAUUACCGACAUGUUUUUGACUAACAUUUGUGACAGCGGUGCUGUAAAGGAGCCUAGCGGGUUACGUCAGCUGUGUCUAGGUGUACGCGAUAAUUCUUACGACCAACACGUCGUCGAGUCGACGUCCAGCAUGUCGGCUGGGCGCAGUAGCGAUAGUUCGCCUAAAAAGCCGUCGAGCACCGAACGCGAUGCUCAUGUUUCCGUUUCUUACCGUCCGCUAUCACCACCGUCCUGCUUCAUGUGCCAUUCCUCACGGAACGUGUCGAGUACUGAUGACAGCGGCGACAAGAAGUCGAGGUCCGUUCCGGCCCCCCUGGCCACACCGGAGAACGUUGAAAUCAAUUCCGAUUCUUUGGUUUCAAAGAGCACGUUGCAAAAUCUGGGUUCAUUCGAACAGCUGACCGCUGACCGGAGAACUUGCUUCGAUCCUGCCGCUGGCCCUUUCUCAGACCACGACGUGAUGGAGAAAACUGCCUCUUGGUUGUGUAAGACCCCGGGAGCGAUUGUAGGCGAACCGUUGGACGAGUUCGGCGUUAGUCAACUGCCGUCCUUGCAGCAGAAGCGGCACAAGCGAGGCAAGAUGGGACCAUGCGUGGCCGAAAGGGUGCGCAAGUUGGACGCGGAACUCGACCUGAGUGUGAUGGAGCCGAGUACAUCGAUGGCCGCCACCGCUACCACCGACUUCGAUCACCCGGUCAUCCGUAAGCAACGCGGUUCUUUUGGAACCGUCGCUAUGCCGUUCCGAAUGCCGCCUCAUGGAAAGUCGUCUUUGUCGUCGAAGGCGCAAUUCCGCUCGAACAGCGAUGAGUGUCUGUCGUCGUCGCUGUCGUCAUUGGACGGUGACCUCGUCUGCGCGAAUUAUGCUACUGGUCGCCGCCACGGUGCUAGUAAUUUAGCCUCAGAAGCUCGUCACUCUUCGGCCCUUAAGGACGGAGACGGUGGCAGCUAUGGUGGCAACGGGGGCUUCGUGCGACGGGUCGCUUCCUCGUUUCGGCUGUGCCGCAAGAAAGCCGUCAUCGUCGAAAGCAAGUCCGUCCCCCAUUCGCCGGUCACCGGCGUCCGCGCUGAUCGCGUUUUCGUAUUGCCCCCGUUCGAGGGCAUCGUUGACGAUGACCACCUUACCAGCAAACGUCUCGGUGGCGAGUCGGAUGUCGCGAAUGCCCUGGCGCAGAUUGCGACGCUGGCGAUCGGUUCUAAGGCAAGCGAUAUUAGUGAUCGUUUCUUCAUCCUCACAUGGCCGUUUUCAGACUCAGACCGACGGAGUGACUUCAUCUAA